AAAACUAAAAUCAAAACAACCAUUAUUGAUACACACAGAGAAACCAAACAUCUAAACCAAAACCAAAAAUGGGAUGGUCAGAAUCAGAGAGAGGACUCUGCAAGAAGCACCCGGAAGUGAAGCAGUUCCCCGGCGCCGUCUGCUCGACAUGUCUUAGUGAAAAGCUCUCUCAGCUCUACGCUCCUCCCUCCUUCUCCGACGUUAAAGUAACUGCGGAUUUCUUAGGCUACGGCUUCCUCCCAAUCCACUCUCGCUCUUCUUCUAACUACACCUCCGCCUCCAUCUCCCCGCGCGCUUCUCCUCCGGUGAGCAAUCCCGGUCGUCGAGGGCUCCACCGGCGCAACGCCUCCGAGGUGAUGGGCCGUUCGGUAUCGUUCAUGUUUAGCAGCAAUGGGACAAAGGGUGGAGAGCAUCAUGGGUUGAUGAAGAAGAGCAGAUCGGUUGCGGUGGUUACGAAAAGUGGCGGGAGUCAUAGCUUUGGAGAUCAGGGUGUGAUGAAGAGCGGGAAGAAGAAACGAGGGUUUUGGUCGAAGCUGAUUAAGGGGACGGGGAGGAAGACCAAGCAGGUUUUGAAGCACUCCAAGAUUGCUCUAAGAUGAUCAAGAUUCAAGAGGAACAAAGAACCCUAGUAGAGUAGAUACUAGUUUACGUGAGUAGUUUCGUUUCAAAGAAAUCUUUGUAGUAUAUAUGUUCCAUCUGUUCUUCUUUCAUGAUCAUAAGAUUGAUAUGAAAUUUCGAUUUGAAAGUAAUGGAGAUUUUUGUGUGAAUUGUACAGUUUGAGGGGAUUAAUCUUUGCUGUAACACAAUCUAUGUGAAUAAGAUUUCUUCAUUUACUGUCAGAUUCAACCCCGCGAGUGAUAGGUACUCUUAAUUUUUCAAAUGUGGUAUUAUUGAUUAAUUAGUCUGUUUCUGCCAAGUUU